GCUACCUGGGUAGCAGCUGAGCUUACUGACCGGAGUUCAGUUGAGAGCAUUUGAGAGGUCUGCUUUGAGAUUGUGGGAUAUGAGGGGAAGACCCAAGAGCAAGAAGCAUGGGAGCGGUGCAGCAGCGCUGUGGCUCCUGCUGCCUCUUCUCGUUCUGAUUGUGCUCAAGACCAAUCUCCAUCCGCAGGUUGCCCGCUAUUCCAUUGUCGGCUCAUCUCCUUCUGCUGCAUCAGGAGACGAGAUGGCUGGCGGCGUCGAUGCGACGAAAGGGUACAACCAGCCAAACCAAAUCGCUACAACGAUCAGGGAAGAGGACAGUUCUGUGAAAAUUUCAGGUACUUCUUUACUUCUCCACCGUCUCAAGCAGCAGAUAGAACAGAUCAAAAAUAUUUCCUACCUCACUAUUCCCCGGCAAAUCCAUGGCAAAUCCGCCACCGUUUACGUCGUCUCGGCGUCCACCUAUCGCCCGGAGAACUCGACCAUCAAGCUCCGCCCGUAUGCACGAAAGUGGGAGGAUCAGGUCAUGCUCCUGGUUCGGGAGGUCACCUUGCGCCGAUCCAGCCCGCCAACAGGAGGUGCCGACGACGACGCCCCACCGGAGUGCUCGGUUCGGCACGAUGUCCCAGCCGUGAUUUUCUCUACGGGCGGCUACAACCGGAACUUCUUCCACGUCAUGACCGAUGUGAUCAUCCCACUCUACCUCACGGCCCGUCAGUACGAUGGCCGCGUGCAGCUGCUCGCCACCGACUAUGAACCCAAGUGGAUUGCCAAGUACAAGUCCAUCCUCGCCACGCUAUCCGCCUACCCUGUAAUAGACAUGGACUCCGACGAAGACGCCGUGCGCUGCUUCCCGUCGGCUCGUGUCGGGCUGGAGAGUCACAAGGAGCUCGGUAUCGUCCCAGGUCUCUCUCGCAACGGCUACACCAUGACGAGCUUCCGGGAAUUCAUCCGCUCCGCCUACUCGCUGCAGCGGCCACGGGCGGCGCCAGUGAGCAGGAGCUCCGGCGGACGGAAGCCCCGACUCGUCCUGAUCCUGCGUCGCAACUCGAGGCAACUGAAGAAUGAAGCCGACGCCAUCGCCGCCGCGACCGAGGUGGGCUUCGAUGUGGUUCCUGCGGGGCCGGACGACGUCAGUGACCUGGAACGGUUCACGGCGGUGGUGAACUCCUGCGACGUGCUCAUGGGCGUGCACGGUGCCGGACUGGCCAACAUGCUGUUCCUGCCUGACAACGCCACGGUGGUGCAGAUCAUCCCGUGGGGCGACCUCAAGUGGCCGUGCCGGCAGUCGUUCGGCGAGCCGGUGGCACCCAUGGGCCUCCGGUACCUCGAGUACGAGGCCACGGCGGACGAGACCACUCUGAACGAGACCUACCCCAGGGACCACGCAGUGUUUACGGACCCCAUCUCCGUACACCGCCAGGGGUUUGACACGGUGUGGAACAUCUUCAUCAACGGCCAGCACAUCAUCCUAGACAUCAAACGGUUCAGAGGGUUCGUGGAGCAGCUGUAUAGAGCCACCACGACGGAGAACGUAGGGUAG